CGUCCUACGUAGCCAUAUUAUUAUCACGCAUCGCUCCACCUUUAUCUCAAGAGAAUGGAACGGUUCGCGCGCGCGCGCGAAGAGGGUGAAACGCCCUCGAGAAAGAAACGAGCGCUUUUAUUAGAAUUUUUAUUACGUUGCGCGAUAAAUUCUCGAACAGCGUUUCUCGCGCUUCCGCGGUGGAAAACCCGUCACGACUCGGAGAAUUUCAAUUUUCUUGUUGCGACGACAAGAGCAGCGCGAGGAACGCCCGCGCCCCGCUGUGAGCUUAUCUGGAGGGAGUACGUCGCGGGUGAAAUUAAAAGACACCGAUUGCUGUAACGCUUGUUCCUGCAUCGACGUUUCAGGUGGAAGUUUAUAACUUAUUGUAGGAAUCUAAUGACUUUAAAACGUAUUACAGCUUGACAACGAAUUAUUUAUUGUCUGACUUUUACAACUGUUUCGACCGAACUAAACUCCGAAUUAUUGUAAAUACCAAAUUACACCGCGUUCUCACGCAACCAUUGCAUACACGGAUACACUCAGACACUUACCCUCAUAUUAUUAUAUCACACUCCUACAUUAUAUAGUAUACAUAGUGUGGUUUGAUUUCUAGAUUUUGUUAAGGGGUGUUAUCUAUUGUUAGGGAUGAUCUAGAAAGUUUCAACCCUUUACUGAACACCUAAUAGGUGAUAUUAUUUUUUCUUUCAUGCUCAUUUUUUUUUAUUGGAUCUUGAGAAAUUAUUUUAUAAUAUAAUUAAAAUGGUUUCUGGUAAUACUCUAGGAUGAGGCAGUGGUAAGUGGCAAAGUUUAGCGAGGAAUACAAAAAACGAUAGAAAUUUAAACUUCAUAAGAUGGUUAUUAAAGUGUUAGAUGUCUAAAAUUUAUUAUAAAAAUCCCAGGUCUAGUUUAAUCUUCGCGUAUCGAUACUUCAAUGAAAAACUUGAAAGAAAUAUGAACAAAAAUUUCAAUCGACGAGGAGAACGGAAUAUACAAUGACAAUUCUGCAACGUCAGUCUUCGUCGCAGUUGGGGCGAAAACGAUCACUCGAGGAGACUACAAUCGAAUAUUUAAUUUUAUGGUAAUUGUGUCCUGGAGCAAACUCGACUCUUCAAAGAGAGUCGAGGGCACUUGAAUCGCAGAAUGUUUCUGUUAAUUGACAGGCACAGGUGUGAAAGAAUUGUCCCCCUUGCUGGAGACUUUGAGAACACAAGUACUGUGAAAUUAAAUAUCAUAUUGGGAGCACUUUUACCUCUGAAGACUCGCGCCUACCCUUUCCAUAGCACAGCGCAUACUAAUAACAAUACCAACUGCGUGUGAGAGUACUAUUAAAAUUAUUAAUUGUAUAAUUAGAGUUUCUGUGAAACCAAUUUUAAAAGUUAUGUUCUUUUGAAAAUGACAACCAGUUGAAAACAGGACAUGGCAAUAGCUAUAAAAAGAAACAACAGAUUAAUAGAAUACAAUCAAAUAUCUUCUACGAAUACUGAAAAAUAAAAUUAUUCAACGAAAGAGUACCUUUUCUGAUCAAUAGAUAAAAUAAUGUAACAAGAAAUAAUUUAAAUGACUGAGAUAAAUGCAUAGAUAAUAAUCGAUACGUCGUUUGUUUGUUCCAGCAACAGCAGCAACAGGCCCAACAACAGGUGCAGCAACAACAGCAACAGCAGCCCCAACAGCAACACCAGCAACAGCAACCGCAAGCUAACUCGCCUGGGAGCGGAAACGUAGGGAAAAGCAGUCCAUCGCCAGGGAAUUCCGCUUCCCCUGGCACAGUCACAGCAAACAACAAGUCGCAGACCGAGCCGAAACCGGUUGAGUGCAAUUUGUGCCAUAGGAAAUUCAAAAAUAUACCAGCUCUCAAUGGCCACAUGCGACUCCAUGGUGGUUACUUCAAGAAGGAUGCCGAGAAUAAGAAAAGCGAGAAGAAAGAGGUGGUUGGACCGCCUUUGCAAACCGCGUCUGUCAGCGUCAGAGCACUUAUCGAAGAAAAAAUUAUCCAAAAGAGAACAACUGCAGCAGACACGAGCACGAACCAACAGCAACGCACAAACGCCACAGUGUUCACCACGCAGGCUGACAGCGUGUCCCAGCUCGCUGGGAAGACGAACUUCGCUGUGCCAGCACCCCCGCCAUUGGCAUCCGUGGAGAAGGUCCGCAGACUUUCGGAUGGCGAACACUUUCGACAGCCUAACGUCACCGUUGGCGGUCAUGCGACCGUGCAGAAACAACUGCAGGAGGCGCAGACCCAGGCACAGGCGCAGGCACUGGCCGACAUGAUCUUGAAGGGCACCACCAAGAUGGCUGUGAAGAGAACGACAUCCGAUCCCGGACAGAGAUUGCACCUGACGUACCAACCGUCAGUUCAAUCGACGACCAAUCAGCAACAACAGCAGCAAAAUAACCAGCCUCAAUCCCAGCCCGCAGUCACAGACAGUUUCUCGAUGACAGGUUACUCCGAAGACGGCGGUUACUUUAGCCCAAACCUUCAGGACGAGGUGUUCCAGCAGGUCACCGCAGUUCCUGACAGCGUUUUGCUUCACGCUACUCAAUUGGACUCACUUCAGUUUCAGACAGCGAGCCUGCUCCAGGAGCAGUCUACCGAGCAGCUGCAGGACAUCACCCUGGAGGAUCGAUACUCAUCACAACACACCGUCAACCCUGACCUCCAGGCGCUAGUGAACUCGCCUCUACCAGACUCGCUCGCUGAAUUCAGCACCUACGGUGCCCAGUACACUGAAAGUCCUCACACCCUGCCCACCCAGUCGCCAUUACCAUCGCCCCUGACCAGACACGACAGUCCCAGUUUUACAUAUCCGACCCCGCCAGCCAGCCAGGAGGGCCUCCUAACCGGAAGCCUGCCCCUGCUGAGCCCCCAGGAGGACCCGGAAAGCGUCAGACAAGUCUCCUCGCCUCUUUCGGCCGCUUUCUACACGUCCACCAUGUCCUCCGCGGCAGCCGUCGAGGAAGCCCUCAGCGAGGUGUUGCCAGGCGAAUCCGACGCGGACGCCGACCUCUACGGUUCAGGUUCGCCCAAUCCCCACUCGCCACUGCCCAGCCCGUUGUCUGCGACCCCGGCGCCGUCACCGUUGUCCUCCCUGCCGCCGUCCUCCGUCUCGUCGCCAGGACCCGUGUCCUUCACAGGAGCCAGCUUCCCCGUGUCGCCGCACCACGCGCUCCAGAGCCAGAUGAUGCCCAACUCGGAGGACCCGUUGCUCUCCUCGACCCCGAAGGACUUCACCACGGCCAGCCGCAGACGAUUCGAGUUCCAGUCCUACAAGGUGAUCACCAGCCAGAACCUGGUGGACUUCGGCCUGGGGAACGGGAGUCUGGCGGGCAUCGUCGUCGACAACAAUGGCGAGUUCAAGCUGAUACAAACCGCGGGACUGCAGAAGACGAACGUCCUCGUGCAGACCGGUUCGUUGAGCCCAGCCCUGACCUUCAAAAAAGAGAUGCGUCUGGCGACACCCAAGAUCGAGCCAGUGACCGUAAACCUGGGAUUGAACGUGCAGACGAACCAUCAGUACAACGCUGGCCAGUUCAACCAGCAGCAGGUGGUCAACCCGACCAAGUUUCUCAUACAAACGGCCAAGAACACCAACAUGAGACAGAAGACGCCCAGCGGUAACCUACCGAUCCCCGUCGAGCAGAUCAAGGAGGAGCUCCUGGAUGAGGACGUGUUCCUAAAUCCGAGCAGUAUACCAACCGGUAGUCCUGUUAGACAUUGUAGAAAGAGGCCACGAAUGGACGGCGGUCUCUACGCCAGCACGUCUCAUUCGUAUCCGUCGAGAUUGAGGAAAGCUUGCGAUAGACACUGGGACAGCAGCUACACGCCACCGCCCAUCUUGGAUCCGUCGCGUCCUGGGCCUGGAUUGUACGCCAGGCUCCAUCAGUACGAAAGGGACUCCGACUUCAGCUCGGACGAUUCCCAAGGAAACGAUGGGCCGCCCCCUAGAAUCAACAUUGGAACGAGAUACCAGGCGACGAUACCCCCAAUCGGAAGCGACGGGGGCAGAGGGAAAGGGGAACCGGAGGCUGACCAUCUACUCUGGGAUCCUGGUAUAAAUAACGUGCUGACCGAUAACGAACUGGAGAUGUAUCUGCAAUUCGCGUGCUGCGCCGCGGUCCCAGGAGGAGGGAGGAACAAAGAGUACGCGCUGCAUCUGCUGCACAUGUGCAGAGGCAACAUUCAUGACGCGAUGCUGAAGCUGAUGAGACCAACGCCCAUAUUGCCAGUGGAGCACCCAUUGCUCAGCUACGAGUGCCAGGAGUCCGACAGGUGGACGUCGCAGGAGAUGGACGCGUUCUACCAAGGCCUGCUGAAGUACAACAAGGACUUCUCCGCGAUCUCACGUGACGUGAGUGGCAAGUCCGCGAAACAGUGCGUGCAAUUCUAUUACCUAUGGAAGAGGCUCUGCCCGGACGAGUACAAGAGACUACGUGUCCGUCAUGGGAAACCAAAGAUUAAGACAGAGAGCAGAGAUUGCAAGGACACGAGGGAGCUUCGCGACGCCAUUGCAUCCGUGACAAAGAUGGACUUUGGCGAAGACAAGUCGAUCCUCCAUCGCACUCUGUUACAGACGAACGAGAGAGAAAACUCAGCAACUCUGACCACCAGCGACGGGGAGCUGAGAUUAUUCGCAUACGACUGCCCAGAUAGCUUUAGCGGAAGUGUAACAGUAACGAUGGCCGGGAGCACCCAAACCGCCCAAACCGGCAAUACCGGCCACGCCACAGUCAACACCAACUCACAAACUCACACUAGUUCUGAGCAACAACUACCCGUGCCCACCCCACUUCACUACCCCUGCAAGAUUUGCGGGAAAGUUUUCAACAAAGUGAAAAGCAGAAGCGCGCACAUGAAAUCUCACAGGCCAGUGCCCUCGCCCGAUUCAACGGGUCAGGAAUCUAAACGACCUGUCCAGCAGCAGCAAUCCAAAGCGCAGCAGUCCCAGCAGCAGUCCAGUCAGCAACGUCAGCAACCACAAUCACAACAGCAACAACCACAACAACAACAGCAGCAGCUGCUGCACACGCAACAGCAGCAACAGUCAAGCAACGUUUCGCCGCAGGGCUCGGAAUUCACCAAUCAACAGCCACUGCCUCCAAGCAACGGCGAUACCGGAGCUCAGAACACGGUGCAUUUAUGGCACAACCCAACGCGGCUCAGGCCACCAUAGGACAACGCCCAACCGAUUAAACUUAAGUUACCUUAACGAAGGCUGUAACGGUACGAUAGGAAAGUAUUACGGUCGCGUGAACUAUAUAGGCAGGCACUUAUACAACCGCGAUCGUCGAUGGGUCGUCGACGACGAUACCCCGCGUGGAAAGCUCGUCUCAGCCUCGGCUCGACCCCUUGGAGACGCAGGCGCCGAGCGUUAGACAAAGUAACACGAAGACUUCCACGAUAGAUAGUUCCAAAACGAGAUAUACCUCUUGUACGCGCUGAUGGACACGAACCACGCGACAUUCUCGCGAGUUCUCUGGUCAGGCCAGCCACAACUAAGUUAUAACCCUACGCGAUUAUAAGCGCCGGAAUGUGCGCGAAUCAGAGAGAAGUGACCUAACCGUAGACCGUGGGCGACGAGUAAGUUCGUCUGGCACAGGCAUGCCCAACUGGCCUGUGACCGUCACAGUGUGACGGGCUAGUUCCGGGUCAAAAAGGACCAACGACGCGUACACGUGACGUCACAGGGAGGUAUGACGGAUGGUGGAAGCACUGGGAACGCAGCAUUGGACGCUCAAUCCUGCUGCUAGCUGUGAGAUUCCGUCGUGUGUGAUUGGAUACUCAUGUUGCUUCACAGAUGUGACGUACUCUACCAUGAACCUAUGUUCAUGGGGAUGUACUAUAGUGGAUUGCGGGAAGCCAUCUGCACGGAUAUUUAUAUAAUGGAGGAGGUAUGGUGGUACAUGCUCGUGGAAAGCUUUUGUGACGAUACUAGAAACCGCCAUGUUUGAGAAUGAUGGUGUGAAUGAUUAUGUUUAAUGUGGUUUGUGAAGUGAUAAAAUAUUUUUUAUUGGAGAACUGUUGACGAGUCACAUAGGCUUUGAUGAAGAAAGCACUAGAGCAUAGUAUAAAAAUGAAAUCUACAGUAUGUCUACAAUAGUCGCAUACUAUUUUUAAAAUUUAAUCAUUAUUGUUCAUAAUUUUAAAAAGAAUAUUAAGUGUCGAGAUUUUAAGUUACCAUGUCUAAAGAACAACAAUUUAAUACAUGAAUUUUACAAAUAAUUCUCCUCCAGAAACUGUGCAUUAAAAUCCUGCAAAAGUACACGUCAAAACAUCUCAAUCAAGAAGCAAAUGCCAGCUCCAAAGAGCUCCCCAAACCCUGUGAACAAUAGUAGUAUCGAUCGCCAACUCAUAGUGGUCCCUCUCAAAUGUGGCGGCUUCCUGUGUCUCCUCAGCGACCGCAGGCCUACGCCACGUCCACUAUAUAGAGAUCAGUGGCAAUAUGCGUCGAGUUGGGCAUGUCUGAUCUAGAAUGAUGACGAGACCUGUUGAAAGAAGGCCCUUCGUGCGCACAUGGGCGGUGAUAGUUGAAGCUCCGUUCAACGAGGAGACAGGGUACCCGGAAGUCCCUUUUCGCGUCAUCGGGACGGGACGUGGACAGUCCACCGGCAGCUUCCGGUGAUUGUCGGUGAACAAUUAACGAACGUGCAAGCUUUCCGUCUGUUUUUUCAUUUAACGGUAAACGUGGGAGCGCGGGGAGGGAGGGAGAGAACCCACCUUUCAUCGACAAACAAAAUGGCCUAGAACGAGCGCGGCUCGACGAACGGAACAGAAAGGAAAAGUAACCUAAGCACACACGGGCACGUUGAGUUGACGCGUGACAACGGGGGGGGAGGGGCUAACUAAACGAAUAGAAUGGAAAUUUUACCCUACGACGAGUGCUGUAAUGUUAAACGAUAAUCGCGGUUUUCGAUGUACCUAAUUGCUAUUCGCACGCGAGAUGUUCCCAGAUUGUGCCACAAGACAUUACUGUUACCUGUUGCCUCUUUAUCAUUCUUUCAAAUGUUUUAGAUUGUUCUUUCUUUGUUCAAUUUUUUUUCUCUAUUUGUUUUUUUUUUUUUUUUUGUUUAUUUUCAUCAGGACGGGCUUGCGAAUCGUACGCUACAUGUUUUAGUGAUCCUUCGAGAUAGAAUGAUUAGAUGCGAAUUCGAUUGGACGUUGGUUUUUUUUUUUUCAAACGCUGUGGAAACGGAUAUGCGUUCGAGUGGUUCGCAAGCAAAUCCUGCUAUUACGAAGUACUACUUGUUGCACGUUCGCUCUAGUUCUAUUUAGUUUAAAUAUCAUUAGCGUAUUUAAAUCUCGAUAAGUAGAUUUGUUGAAACUCCCUGAUUUUGUUACCUCUGUUACUUAAUAUAUUAACUAUAUUCGUCUGAAUAAAUUUUAAUAUAUAUAUAUAUAUAUAAAUGUGUGUAUAGGUAUAUACACAUUAUAAAUAUGUAUAAACAGAUCGAUGUAAUUGAAAAAAUGAUUAGUAGCUUAGGAUGAUAUAGUUCUCUAGAAGGAGACAAGUUGUUCAAGUUUCGCUUCGGUGACGAUUCGAGAGCGUCGUCGAUGGCCGAAUGUAACAUAAAUGAUUAUACAUACAGCCAUGAGUACAUUAUACAUACGUGCACCGAACACAGACACAGAGUAGAGAAACGUUUAUUAAAAAGAAAAAAAAGUAAUUAUUAUUAUUAUUAUUAUUCGUCUAACGGAUCAUUAGAUCACGACUCUAUAUGUACAUAAUGGGUGUACAUGUCUGUACAUAUUUAACAUCAGUGUCUGUAUGUACAAUUCAAAUGAAUUUUAACGCAAAAUACGUAGGUUAGGUUUUAGGUUGUUUUAGGAGGGAUCUAUAUAGAAAUAAAAUAUAUAUACUUGG